CAGUAGUAACAUUAUACCCCUGGAGUAUAGCGAAUAUGUACAUAUAGCCGGAGGUACUUCCCGUGUACUUUCAAGUAGCACAAUAUAGGAAGGUCAGAGGGGCUCGUGACAUCUCCCCUCUUCUUUCCGAUCAUUUUGGUGUAUUUCCCUUUGACCUUUGACUCUUCUAUCUGGCGAGACCUUGAUUUACGGGAUGUAAGGUCAGCUGGGCUGCUUUCGGAUCUGUCAACCAUCACCACCCAUAUUCCACCACAUGUUUGCAUCUCUCCACGCACAUCCUCUCUGUAACUCAUUCUCUCCGCUUGCGACUGCCGGGUGACCUCACUUCCACGCACUUAAGCCGAGCACUGUUUUCUGCCACGCACGGAAUCACGCACGGCAUAGCACAUUUUUAAACCCCUCGUGUCAAGUUUCAACAAGAUAACAGCAGAUCGGCCAAAAACGGACAACAGAAGUGGCUUUGGUAGCGUGGCAUUUGGGGGGCGACCUUGGGACCCGCGAACAUCAUGACUGAUGUGCCCAUCCCGCCAUCCGGUGGAGCUCGAGCUUCAUACCCCAUCUCCUCUAUCCCACGACGCUCCUCCUACGCGUCUGUAGUCUCCGGCAACGCAUUCUCACCAACCUCCAGCUCUUUCUCUCACCUCCUCAACGACUCCCACCCAGUCCCCUACCCACUUUCCGACACCCGAGUCCACCGGACUCUGUCCGGCGUGGAUGCAGACAUGCAAAUGAACUCCGCCUGGAGGAACUCAGGAUCGCCAGACUUGCUGCCACACUAUUCCCGCAAGUAUGCCGGCUUCCUACGCUCGACGGAAUUCCCUCCAAGCCUAGGCCUUAACGACGGGCCGGGCUUCGUGACCCCAUCCUACCUCCGCAGCUCUCGCUACAUCGCCCGCCUCGAGACCGCUCAUCGAGCCAAGAUCGCUGCUCAACAGCGAGAUGUCGCCUCGUCGGCUUCGGCCUCCACUUCGAAUCCGCCGCUCUCUGCUUCCUCUAGCAAUGUUCACUUGCCCCGCAUGGCGCCGUCCCAUCGUGGAAUGACCUAUGAGAUCAUCGAGAAGGAACCGCCCGCCACCGAUACGCUUCAGCCGCUGCCGACACAAUGGAGCUCCGAUGAUAAAUGCUCGGCUCUGGAACUGUCGAAUGAUAGUCUUGAUGUUCGCUAUGCUGGCCCUGUGCAUAAACAUGAUAAUGAAGCUGCCGCCCUGCGCACUGAUCAUCCUAUGCCGCCACAGUGCGGGAUCUACUACUUUGAAGUGAAGAUCGAAUCAAAGCCAAAGGAAGGCAUGAUUGGCAUUGGGUUUUCUAGCCCCAAAGCGAAUGUCGAGCGACUUCCAGGCUGGGAGCAAGAAUCUUGGGCUUACCAUGGUGAUGAUGGAAAGUCGUUCUUUGGCGAGAAUCAGGGUACUGGCCGAGCAUAUGGUCCGACCUUUGGUGUUGGUGAUACUGUAGGAUGUGGUGUUAAUUUCUCUACGGGGGCUGCAUUCUUCACCAAGAACGGUAUCUUCUUGGGAAUCGCAUUCCACGAACUACGCAAUGUGAAGUUGUAUCCGUCUGUCGGAAUGAAGAAGCUGCCAACUGUACAUCUUAAAGCGAACUUUGGACAGGAGCCAUUCGUUUUUGAUAUUGAUGGUAUGGUUAGGCAAGAGAGAAUGGCUAUCCAAUCGGAGAUCAACGCUACAACUACGACGAACCUUCAACCACCGCUGGACGAGUCGACAUUGCUGCAAGAACUAGUAGCCCAAUUUCUGGCCCACGAUGGCUACGUUGACACAGCCCGCGCCUUCGCUGAAGAGGUCGCCACUGAGACAAUGGCCUUGGAGAAUAGUCGGAGCGAGCCACUGAAGAAGUAUGAAGUGGAAGAGGACCGCGAAGCCAUUAACCGGAACAAAAUCCGCUCCGCAAUCCUAGACGGCGACAUCGACAAAGCCCUCAAACACACAAAAGCCUACUACUCCGACGUGCUAGAAGACCACCCCCGCAUUUACUUCAAACUCCGCUGCCGCAAAUUCCUCGAAAUGAUGCGUCGUUCCAAUGAACUCUCCGCCGCAACAGCAGCAGCCUCCAAGCAACGCCGCUCCACAUCCCCAGCCCUCUCCCACGAACACGCCGUCUUCGACCAGGAAAUGGAACUCGAUGACGGCGACGGCGACGCCUGGGUCGAUGGAAUGGACACAGAAGAGCCCGAGGCUGCCGCUCAAUUCAAUCAGCUUCUCACCGAAGCAGUCCAAUACGGUCAACAGUUACGUCUCGAUUAUCCCUCUGACGAUAACGGCGGCGACAAGAAAUUACUUGAUGAUAUCUUUUCCUUGGUUGCAUACCCUGAUCCCAAGCGCUCCGUCCAUGGCCAUUACCUCGAUCCUUCUGGACGGGUUGCUGUAGCCGAGGAGUUGAACUCGGCUAUCCUUGUUUCAUUGGGCAAAUCCUCUGCUGCAGCCCUUGAACGGCUAUACCAGCAAACGGAAGUGCUUGUCAACGAAAUCAGUGAAGACGGCGGCGCCGGGGCGUUUAUUAAUGUACGCGAUGACAUUUUUCUUUAGGCGUGUUAGCGGUUAGGCUAGGAUAGGCUUGGUUCAAGGGUUCCUUUUCUUGUUUCCUUUUUUCUCCCUGUUCUCAUUCUUUCA